GGAACUGAAGGACUUGCUACAGGGCUUUCCCAGCUUGAAGGAUUUCUUCUUCAACUUCAAUUUCUGCAAUGGCGACCCUGACGCCGACCUGUGCACUCCGCAACAAGCAGUGGACGCCCUUGAACCGUUCAAGAAACAGCUUACGGAUCUGAGGCUCAGUUUUUGGGACUGGCAGAUUUUCCACUACUCGACAACAGGAUUUCCUCCUGGCCUAAUCACUUCCAUGACUAUGCUCGAAGCGCUAGAGCACUUGGUGCUUGAUGGCCGCAGCCUGUGGCGAAAGGUUUCGAGUGAAGAAGAGAACUACAAUGCAGAAACGACGCAGUUUUUUGUUAAACUGCUUCCCCGAGCGCUCAAGACGCUUGCACUGAUACGACUUGACUCUGAGACGUAUGGCGACGACUUGAUGGUCCUGGCACCUCAGAUUAGGAGUUGCUGCCCAGACCUGCAAUCAAUCUAUUACCAAUUGCACAAUGGAUCUGAUAUGAACAAGAGGUGUUUAGCAAGAAUAACCAAGGCAUUUGCUGAGCAGGGUGUUGUGUUUGAGAAGUGGUAGUAGGAACAGUGUGCGUUAGUAC